AUGAUUCCAUUUCUCAGUGGAGACCUAAUUGAAGCACAGUUAAGGCCAACAAUUAAUGGGUUUCCGCUCUGCCAUCCUGAUCUCAGUGCAAGUAACAUCUUUGUCGAUAAUGACCUUAAUAUUACUUGCAUCAUUGACUGGGCAUUUGAAUCUACCGUUCCUGUCUCCACGGCUCUUAUGACGCCAGGUCUACCGCAUCCUCGGGAUGGCACAGAACCGUACCUCGACUCAGCGUUCAAGUCUGGUUUCAUUACCAACGGCAUCUACAACGAGGCAAAGCUCGAUUUCAGGCUAUGGAAAUGCACUCGUAGGGCAUGGCUCUUUACCCGCCUAACUAUUCUCAAUGGCAUACAGGAUUACUGCUAUUUUAAGGAACUGUACACAUCGGCCUAUAAACCAGCAGAGGGAAUCAAUAUACCUGCUCUUUUCAAAGCAUCGCAGAAAGGCCACAAGCUUAUUGAGCUUGCUAAAGAGCUGGCAGAUGACGAAGAAUGGGCACCUGAGAUCCUGAAAGACGAAGAGGACUACUUUUCUGUCAUUGGCAAGAUGGAGACACCUGAUGUGGGGAGGAAAGAAGCUGCCCUAAUAGGCAUUGAGAGACGUGCAAUAGCGAGGAAGAUCACCAUGGUUUCAGGACUAAGCCAAGAUUUUGUGGCGGACGAGAGGCUUUGGCGCUGGAUUGAGAAAAUGAAGAGAGACCGGUCAAUUUAUGCCACUUAA